GGACUGCCUCUAGUAGUCUUCUAUCUGGAAUCAUGGCAACAUCGAAGCACUCCAACUACCAAUUGUGGGGCGGACGCUUCAGCGAGCAGCCCAGUGAGGCUCUACAGGCGCUGAACAUCAGUCUGCCGUAUGACUCUCGACUCUAUGCGGACGAUCUGGAUGCCAGCAAAGCCUAUGCAGAGGCACUUCAGCGUGCGGGUUACCUGAACACCGCCGAGGCGGAUAAGCUGGUGAAGAGUUUGGAGCUGAUUCGUUACGAUUGGAUUGAGCGCACCAUCAAGUUCCUGCCCAGCGACGAGGAUGUGCACACGGUGAACGAGCGGCUGCUGGUGGAGAUCACCGGGGAGCUGGGCCAGCGACUGCAUACCGGUCGGAGCCGCAACGACCAGGUGGUCACCGACAUGAAGCUCUGGCUGCGCAGGGGCAUCCGCGAGACACUCGGUCGCCUGAAUGGCGUCAUAGAGGCGGCCAUCAAGCAGGCUGAGCUCCAUCUCGGUGUCCUCAUGCCCGGCUACACGCACAUGCAGCGUGCCCAGCCUGUGCAGUUCUCCCACUGGCUGCUCUCCCAUGUUUUUGCGCUGCGCGAAGACUGCCUCCGUUUGGCUGAGCUGCGUGUUCGUGCAAAUGUUCUGCCCCUGGGCAGUGGAGCACUGGCCGGCAAUCCUCUCGGCAUCGAUCGUCUAUGGCUGGCCGAACGCUUGGGCUUCUCGGGCGUCACGGCCAACAGUAUGCAUGCUGUCGGAGAUCGAGAUUUUGUGGUGGACUUCAUUUACUGCUGUUCUCUGGUCAGCCUUCAUCUGUCCCGUUUGGCCGAGGAUUUGAUCAUCUACAGCACCAAGGAGUUCGAUUUCAUACGCCUCCACGAUAGCUUCUCCAGCGGCAGCAGUUUGAUGCCACAGAAACGUAAUCCGGAUAGCUUGGAGCUGAUACGCGGCAUCUCUGGGGUGAUUAGCUCCAAUCUGACUGGCAUUAUGAUGACCAUCAAGGGCACACCGUCCACCUACAACAAGGAUCUGCAGUUCGACAAGGAAUACUGCUUUCAGUCGUUCGAUAAGCUGGCACAGGUACUCGACAUAGCUCGGGGUGUUAUCCAGACAAUGCAAGUGCAGCGGGACACCAUGGAGGCGGCACUCAGUCCGGACAUGUUGGCCACAGAUUGGGCCUACUACUUGGUGAAAAAGGGCAUCCCAUUCCGACAGGCUCAUCACUUCAUUGGACGCGUUGUAGCGCUGGCUGAGCAACGCGGUGUGGGCAUCACUGAGGUGCCGCUGGGUGAACUGCAACAGAUCUGUCCCGCCUUUGGCUCGGACAUUGCCAGCGUGGCGGACUACGCCUACAAUGUGCAGCAGUACGACGUGAUUGGUGGCACGUCCACGGGCAGCAUUGAGGAGCAGCUGCGACUGCUGAAGAACUUUGUCAAGGAUUUGCGAAAACAAUCCUAGAACACAGGCGCUUUAUUGAAGUUAACGUUGCGUUUGGCUUUGGUUUUUUUUCGGUUAACAAAUGAAAAAGAUU